AUGAGUCUUAGCAAAGCUUUAGAUAUACUAGGGAUUUAGUCUCUAUUCUUUUUAAUUUCUUAGGUUCCUUUAACCUCUGGUUAUAAUAUUUGCAAUCCAAAUGGAAUUUUAGAGCCUGGUGAAGAGUGUGAUACUUGGCAGGCUGGAUCUAAUUAAAAUCAAGGUUGUGAUGAAUAUUGCCAGGUAGAGAAAGGAUUUGUUUGUACUUUACAAGGAAAUUCAGCGUUAAAUUGUCAGAAGAUUAAUCAACCAAAAAAUUUUGAAAUCCAAAUGAGAAUCUGCGGAAAUGGUAUUUUAGAAAAUUUAGAAGAGUGCGACAAUGGAAAUAAUACGCCUAAUGAUGGUUGCGAUGAAUUCUGCUAAAUUCAAGCUGGAUACACUGUGAUUAUAAGUGAAGUCAAUGAAUAAUUAAUUCAGAAGUACUGUAGUCAAAAUUAGGGCCUUUGUAUGGAUAAAAAUCUACAGAAUGGAGAUGGAUGUGACAAAAAUUGCUUUACAGAAGAUAAAAAAUAUUGUAUAUAUGAAGCAAUCAGAAAAGAGUUCAAGUGCUAUGAUAGAAUGGUAAUUAUUAAAAUAUUUCAAACUUACAUUAGGCUGAAAAAGAUUAAGCUUCCAAAGUAAUUAUUGAGAAUCAAAACAAGUGCAUAAAAAAUAGUCAUUUAACUAAUCAAGAAGAGUGUGAUGAUGGAGAUAUAACUCAUUCUGGAGGUUGUGACUCUCAUUGCAGAAUUAAGUCUGGUUAUACUUGUCAAACAAUAUCUGGAACCUACUCUAUUUGUUUUGAAAAUUGUGCAUAUAUUGGAUAAUAAUGUCUUGAUCAAAACAAGCAAAAUAACGAUGGAUGUGACUCAUUUUGCAGAGUAGAAAAUGGCUAUGGAUGCUAAUUAAAUUAUUAAGAAGGCUUUAAUAAUUAUGAAUUCUAGUGUAAAUACUAGAAUAGCGAUGUACUAAUCAGUGAAACCAAAUAUCUAUUAAAUUGACAAAGUAGAAAAUAAGCAAUUUUAAGAAGUAGAUAUACAGAGUGAAUAAACUAAAUUCCUCAGUGAAACAAAUAAGAGAAGUAUAAACAAUAAAUUCAAUCUUUUAAGCACUAAAUGCAAGAAUGGUAAACUUGAAUUUGGGGAGUAGUGUGAUGAUGGUAAAGAAGACUCUAAUUCAUGUGAUCAUUAAUGCAAAGUAAGAAACGGAUAUCUUUCUUCAACGGAUGACUAUGGUUUAACUUCAACUCUGAGUUAAUUCUGUUUUGGAAUAGAACUGAACACGUGUCUUGAUAAUAACUACAAUGAUGGUGAUGGGUAAAAUGAUGUCACCUUAUAAACUAAACUAACUGAUGCCACUAAUUUAAACACAUAGUGCAACAAAAAUGAUAUGAUGAUUAGUGCAGGAGAAGAAUGCGACGAUGGAGACUUAAGCAACUUGGGAGGUUGCGAUUAAGAUUGCAAGAUUAAAGAGGGCUGGACAUGUAUUUAAACAUCCUUGGGCAUUUCUUAAUGCAUUUAAUCUUGCUUAGAAUAUGGCCUUCAUUGUAUGGACAAUAACUAAUUUGAUGGCGAUGGAUGUAAUAAAGAUUGCUAAGUAGAACUUGGAUAUCAUUGUCAAUAUCAAUUAGAUGAUUAUGAUUCUACUGAAUUCAUCUGUACUCAAUAAUUAAAAGUUCUGGAAAAUGAAGAAGUAACAAGCAAUUAAAAAUAAUAGAGAUUCUUAUCUGAGGCAACAACAUCAAAUUCAAUAUGCAUUCUGAACAGCGUGGUAGAAUUUGGCGAGGAAUGUGACGAAGGUACUGCUACAACUAACUGCGAUGAUAACUGUAGGAUACCUACCUCAUCACAAAAUCUAAUCAUCGCUGAUCUUGGAAGAAAAUCAGAAAGCUAAUUGAAAUGUUAAAGACUAGGAAUGCCAUUUUGCUAUGACAUUAAUGCUAAUAAUAAUGAUGGGUAAAGCUUAAAGUUCAUUAAACCUUGUAGAUGUAGCAGUGCUUGCUUGAUUGAAACCGGAUAUGUCUGCUCUAUUGCAACUUACAAAAACCUUUUAUAUUACAACUGCGUUGACGGGAACACUAGAUAUGUCUCUCCGAUACCUAAAGCUAAUUCACCAGCAACAACUUAAUCAACCGCUAAUGCUCAAUGCGUAAAGGACUCUUAAGUUGCUUAUGGAGAGGAAUGCGAUGAUGGGGAUACGUUAGGUCAAGGAGGUAAAUCAAGAUGUUACCAGUCCUGCCUAAAAUCUGGUACAAUUUGCCUUGAUUUGAACAAACAAGAUGAUGAUGGUUGUGACAAGUAUUGCAGAGUCGAGCCAGGAUAUAGAUGUUCAGCCAAGUUUACAGGACUUACCUUUACGGAUUUCGCUUGCUUCUCUGAUUAUGUUACUACAGCUCCUACUACAUCUACUACUACAUCUCCUACUACAUCUCCUGAGAGUUCGACUACUCAGCCAACAUCCACAACGGUGUAAUCAACAACUUCAGCAGCCACAACUUCUCCUGCUUAGUCUACUACUACCCCUAAACCAUAAACUACAACUGCUACUACCACAACAACAACUACAACAACUCAAUCUGUAGCAGUUAAAGAAUGCAAAUCUGUGAUCAGUGCUUUUGACAUUACUGACUAAUAAUUUACUAAUGGGGAGGGAGAAGUGGUGUAAUGUAAAGGAAUGACUUUAUGUCCAGAUGGAUCAAGCCCACCAUGCUCAUGGAAGAGGAAAAUAGUGACUGGAUGCCUUAAUGAUGAUACAAAUUCAUAAGGUAGAGAUCUUUAAUCUUUAGGAGGAAAUGCGCAAUUAAGAAUAUAAACAAAUUCUUUGCCAAAUCAUUGCUUUACAUCAAAUUCUGCAGCAAAAUAGAAUCAAAUUGACUUCUAAGUCUAGUUUAAGAAUAAAAGAUAAAUUGGAAGAAUGUUAGAAGACUUAAACGAUGAGAGUACUUAAAAUUAUAUGUUUAGAGGUGAUAAUCAGAACAGUGUUAACAUGGCCUUAUGCGAUGAUUCUUGGACGCAAGCAGGAUAUAUCUUACAAGUGAAUCCCAGCUAUAUUGAAUACUCAGGAGAUUUCAGCAGUAUCGUUGGAAUUGCACUAAACGGUGUUCCUAUUCAUACUGGUAAUUCUGAGUAUGGCUCUGAUGUAUUCCAUCCAAAGAAGUUCGGUACAAAAUAUAAUUCCUAUAAAUAAAUCAAACUUGAUAAUUGCCUUGGAAGCUCAGAGAUAUCAGGAUUUUAUCACUACUAUGGUUGGUCUCCUUGUAUUCUUCCAUCUGGACCUAUUAAGGCUAGAGAUGCCUAAGAAUGCGAUAAUGUACCAGAAUGCAAAUAAGAUAUGCUGGCAUACUCCUUAUCUUUUAUGAAGUAUCAAGAAAAGACUAUUAUGGUGAUUGGAAUCGCAAGAGAUGGUCAUUCGAUCUUAGGGCCUUAUAGAAGUGAUGGAACUUUAUGGUAACCGUGUGAUGUUGAUUUAUGUAAUGGAAUAGAAAUAGCAGGGAUUUAUUACUACGUAACAACAAUGUUCCAUCCUUAUACUGUUGGAUGUUGGGGACCUGGACCUCGUAAAACUAUUUCUUAGGAGUGCUCUAAUAAUGUGAAGAUGUGCUCAAGCAGCAUAACUUUGAGUAUAUGGACAGGAACAGUUACAAUUAUUUCCAUCUUUGUUUUCUCGAUAUUAAUUUGA